UUGAGACGUGGACAAAAUUUGGCCGAGAGAGACGAGGUGAGAUAAUAUAGACCUAGAAAAAAAAACGUAUUAAAAUCUGCACGUUAAAUAGUGGAUUAUAUUCAGUAGACUAUAUUAUAUGUAGUGGACUAUAUUCAUUAAGGUUACUAAAUAUGCGAGAGUUCAUGUUAACAACAGACCUUCGCUGGAAUUUUUUUUACAUCUCGCAGGAAAUUUUGUCAUAUUACAUAAUUUGCUAAAGCCUGGUUUCCAUAUGGUUGUAAUGGUCGUAUAAAUAGAGUCACGAUCUUUCUCAGCGGCCAGUUUAUAAUAGGUUAUACCUGUAAACCACAUAUAAAUCAUAAAUAUUCUCUAGUUCUAAUUAAUCACUCCGCAUAUUUUUAGUUCUAAAACGUUGUAUUUCGGCUGAUGAGAAAAAUUGUGACUCAAUCUUUACGACCGUUAGGACUAUAUGGAAACCAGACUUUAUUGUUAAAAUUCAAAAAUCGUUUUGCAAGUCGAGAUUGCCUUCUGCGUCAAGUGUCUUUGUCACAAUGUCCUACACGAUACCUUCUCUGGAAUCUGGUUAUGCAAGAAGUUUUAUAUUUGAUUUACACCGCAGGAAAUUUUUAUUUUUGGAUUUUGCUGAUAAAUAUAUUUUCUAUGCCAGUCUCCUCCAAUUAUUGUGGAUUUUGUAGUUCAACGGGUAAAUCGGUGGACUAUUCCGGUAAAUUUCUGAAAGAUGAGAGUUCAAAUUUCGUGUAUUUAUAUACAGGGACGCCGGAACUGGGGGACAGGAGGGGCAGCCGCCCCCGUUGCCCUUCAGCAGGAGGAGCGAGGGGAACAAAGGUGCCCUUUCAAUUUAAAGGAUUGCCUUGGUGAAAUAGCGAAUUGUCAGAUAUAUUAGUGCAAUUCUUUUACGAAUUUGCUUCAGAAAAGACAAGAAAUGCAGUCAUUGAGCUUCAAGAAUAGCACAAUCGCCUGGCGGAGAACCCCUCACACCCCUAUCAUCUAAUAAAUAGAAAACAUGAUUAGGCGAAGUUCAAUUCCCGAUGUUUUGCAAACAUCUCUUAGUAUACACCAAUUCAAAAGUGCCCUUUCACGAAAAUCUGCCCCCCUUGCCCUCACAUCGUUCCGGCGUCCCUAUUUGUAUAGAAAAGUAUAUACGCUAGUCGUACAUGUAUAUAUCUCCACGAACGAAUUUAUUUGUUCGAUGUUAAUACAAACUGCAGUCAUCAGAUCUUGUAUCAUCUAUUAUAUAUAUAAUAAGUAACCACGAAUUAACAAUAGAUUAUUUAUCAGGAUUUAAUUUAGUAUUAUCAAUCAGCCAUUAUUGAUCAUGAUCAAAACCAUUAUUGAUCAUGAUCAGCUAUAAUCAAUCAUUUUAUACUUAUCACGCGUGCACCAACAAUCAUCAUAAACCGUCAUUCAUCAUCAUCAACUAUCAUCAAAACCUAAAGCCAACCACCUGCAUAACACGAGACAAAGAGAUCACAUUCAUCUCAGCAAACCUAGUACCAAUUGGGGAAAGCAGAAACUUCUAUACCAAGCUUGUAAGGAGUAUAAUGAUUUGAACAAAAACAUUAUGUCAAUUAACCAUCUAGCUAGUUUUCAUACUGCACUUCUUAAAUCUCCAUAGUAUAAUCGAACGCAUUUUGCAAAUAGCUCUUCUUUGUAAUAUAUAAUUAUCUUAGUUCUAUAUUUUAAAACGUUUCUUGUUUAUAUAUAUACAUCGCAUAUAACCUGCAUGCAUAUUAUUAUUGUAUAAUCUUUUGUAUUUGUAUAGUUUUCUCAGGGACCUUCUGAAAAACACAACUUGUGAUGUUGGUUUUCCUGAAUAAAUACUAUUAUCAAUCAAUCAAUCAAUCAAGCAUCGUCAUAUGUCAUCUGACUAAGUCAGCUUCCGAAAAUGGAAGUGGUUCUGCGGGUCGCAAUGUGAAAAAUUGAAUCUGAUAAUUCGUUAGUAAUUGAUUUUUUAUGUACGUAUAUAGUGUAUUUGUCUAACAUUUAGGAUCGCAGUAGUUGGCGCAAGCUAUUGCGAUUGCGGCCUGCCAGUUUUUGUGUUAACGUUGUUUGAAUCUGGCAAAGUUAAUAAAUUAAAUUAAAUAUAGCAUAUAUAGCAUUAUCUUCAAUAAAUCACCAUAAUGAAUAAUUAUUAAUUAAAAGUUAUAUUAAAGACCAUGUCAAGUCGAGUUUUGCGCAUCAGUUCUGCUCAUAACAAAGGGGGACUCACAGAUACAAACACUGCCCAAAUUUUGCCCCUUUCGAACCUUUUUGAAUUGAAACGUACUCUAGUUUAUAUUCAAAUACAAUUGCGAACCAGAAAAGUGUUAGAUAUUCAGUAUAUCUUAUUCUACAGAUAUAGCAGUUCAAAAUGUAAACAAAGGAUUUGUUUACAUAAUGGUCUUUAACAUUAGACAUUUCAUUUUUCAUUAGCUCACAUCUGGACCAAGACGUAACCUUCCAACAUAUCACGAAGCUGUCGAUGACUUUAGACGAGAGGACGUCCCCCCGGUCGGCAACGACCACAGAGUAGAUACCAGAAGAGAGAGAGAGCCGGAACGGGGCGAGCGACCGAGUCAAGUUCGAAGCACGAGUCCUGAACAAGACUACGAAGAACUAUGGCAUGCGAAAAGUGGCGCGAAAACUCACGCUCUGACGCCACAAAUGUUGGAGUCAUGUGACACAGGCCACUUUAACAACAUCGCUGAAACCUUGGACCCAACCUUCCAGAGAGCGACUCGUCGCGCGAACGAAGAAGCGGGUGGCGAGCAGGACGAGAGAGCAAGCGGUGGCAAGAGUGCUCCCAUCGUUCCUCCAUUAAAAAGAAAAAUUUCAAGGGAUAAGAACAAAAAAUCGCGGGGGGAAAUAAAUGUGACCAAUAAUAACUGUGAGAUGGAAAUGUCCAUUUUUAUAAAUUGA